AAACCCUUCUCCCUUCUACCUUCUGCAAACCCUUCUCCGUCUCUGGCUCUCUCGCCCUCGCUGUCACCCUCUCGCUCGCCCUCGCUCGCUGCCUCGCCCUCGCCCUCGCCCUCGCGCUCGCGGCUCGCCCUCGCUCGCUCGAUCUCUCGCCCUCGCUCGCUCGCGGCUCGCCCUCGCUCUUUUACUGGUCUCUCCAAUACGCCAGGGUUUCCAUUCAUCGCAGUGACACUAGUGAACUCAAGAUCAUGGGGCGGAAGAGAGUGGAAAUCAAGAAAAUAGGUGACAAGGCCAGAAGACAGACAACCUUCACAAAGCGCAGGGACGGGUUGUUCAAGAAGAUGGCAGACCUGUGCAAGAUGUGCGAAGUCGAGGGAGCUAUUAUUACUUUCACGGAGGUGGGCAACAUCUUUGCCUUUGGCAAUCCUUCAGUAGACCAUGUCAUUCAGCAAUAUGUGGAUAAAACAUCGGACUCUAAUGGUGCACAAAUUGAUGAUAACAAUGAAAAAAGAGAGGAGGAAGAAGAAGAAGAAAAAGAAAAAGAAAAAGAAGCCAGAGGAGAGUUGGGGGAUAAGCAUGUGGAGAUUCUGGCGCGCCUGGAAGCAGUGAAAAAUACUGGAGAGAUGGUGGAUGAGGCAUUACCAAUGGUUGAAUCAUUUCUAUUACAAGAAAGAGUGAAUGGUUUUACAGAAAGCUCUUGAUCUCUCGUCACAGUCAUAACAAUCAAGAUCUAUUUGUUCUGUUGUUCUUUAUGAUA